AUGUGUCCUGGUGCCGAAGGGUUCCCGCCUGAUGGAGAUCGAAACAACCGUACGGACGAAAGCGUCACUACGGAUAUUGAUCCCAACAACUCGACUGCUAAUGGAGUGAUAUCAGAUGAUGAUUUAGAUAAGUCUGUCAAACAAUUCUUCGAGUUAGAAUCCUUUCCUGGUGAUCACGCUAAAAAUGUAAGUGAUAAAACUUUUGAAAAGCAGUUCUGUGAGGAGCAUUUCAUUUCUACAAACAAGAGAAUUGAAAAUGGAAGAUAUAUUGUAAGGUUACCAGUAACUGAAGAUAAACUGCCGACGUUGGAAGCGUCAAAGGAAAUAGCAGAAAGGCGAUUAAACUUACUUUGGAAGAAAUUAUAUAAGACAUUUAUGGAUGAAUAUCUGUCCCUUGAUCACAUGGAAAAAAUUAGAGACGAUGAGUGUUCCAAAAUAGAAUAUUAUAUCCCCCACCAUGCCAUUUUUCGUCCUGAGAGUACGUCAACUCCCCUCCGCGUCGUCUUUGAUGCGUCUUCUAAAUCAAGUAAUGAAGUUUCUCUCAAUUCUAUAUUGUUAAAUGAAGGAACUGUACAACAAGAGUUAUUUUCUGUUGUAGCCAGAUUUCGCACUCAUAGGUAUGCAUUUAGUGCAGACAUCAAGAAAAUGUAUCGUCAGAUACUAGUGGAUGACAACUGA